UCCGGGCCGGGCCGGAGGCGGCGGGCGCCGGGAGGAUGCUGCGGCGGCGGCGGGCGCGGCCGGGCUGGGGGCUCGCGCUGCUGCUGGCGCUGGCAGGCCCGGGAUGGGCGGCGGGGCCCGCGGAGCGGAGCCGGGCCUACGCCGUGCUGCGGAGACAGAACCUGGUGCUCAUGGGGAGCAUCUUCAGUAUCCUGUUGAUCACCAUGAUCCUGAUGGCAGUAUGCGUCUACAAGCCCAUUCGACGACGGUAGCAGAGCGGGAAGAAUCUGAACGGAUUGGUCACCUUCCUUGUGGAAAUUUUGAGAUCAAAUCCCUGGCGCUCGAAAAUGACCUGUGCUGUGCAGCAACUGUAAAUCCAGCCUGAUUUGUAGUCUGAGUUCUGGCUUGUAAACGACUACAGUUGCUUAGUAAAGAGACUGUGAGAAGUAUUUUUUUUUCUCUAACAUGUAAUGUAAUCAGUUGUUUCCCUUGCAGAAGCAUGCCUACAACUGCUUGGCUGCUCUCAGACACCAUAGCUAGAAUCUGAAAAUCUCCUCCCAGAUCUCUAGCAAUUAGUAGCUCAACUGAGGUCUGUCUCUUCAAACAUGGAUGCCUAAAAUUAGACACUUAAAUAAAUGUGGCCUCAGUCUGGCAAAUUUUAUGUCGGUAACUAAUUCUAAGCACUCACAUUUGAAAAUGUUAGCUGUGAACUUCAUUUAGUAUUUGGCCUAACUCUGAUAGGAAAGGCUAGGAAUAUGUGAAGUAUUUUACUUUGGUAUUGCCCACAGGAAGACACGACCACUUAGACUUGCUGUAUUUCUGAAUUCUGUUCUCAAUUCCUGGGUGGGAAUGUGACAUGAGUAACCCUCGUGAUACUCCUUAAACACAGCCUCUAAGUGAUCCUAACAUGAAAACAAUGUACUUUAGAUAAUGUGGUUCACGUGACAUUUUUGGCAGCAAGGCUGAUUACAAUUUCAGCUGUUUUGAAUGUCGAAGUUUUCUCAGUCUAGUCUGUCAAAUACCCAGUGGACUACAGUGUGGUGGUAUCAGAAACAGAGUUAAAUGGAAAGCUUAUAACUUUUUUGAUUUGUUCUAAAAAUCACAAUUUUGCAAGCAGGCAAGUGCAUUGGAUUCUGAUGUAUUGAUUGGUUUUGCAGUCUUAAGGAAUGGAACUCUCCACUCAAGCAUGAAGUCUAUCAGGUUUCUAGAGUGAAUCUUAUAAAAGUCAGUCAAAAGACAAGGGCUCUAGUCAUGAACUUGGCUUUGUAGGGUUGGCCUAUGCACACAUUUGAACUGAAAUAAAAGUGUGAAUUAAAACUGAUUUCAUUAUUUUGGGGGCAUGUUGGUUUGUUACUGACAUUAGCUGCUUUUAUUCUGAAAUAAGUGUCUACACUCAGACUUACCAAAAUAGCCAUGUUGGUUUUUGGAAUCCGGUCCAAGUUUUUUUUGUAGACCAGACCCCAGGGCUGAACAAAUGUUCAUGUCCUUAACUGUGUAAUAGGUUUGGGCUCAGUAGAUAAAAUGACUAACAGUGUAAACUUCAGCCCCUUAGAUAUUUCCAAGAAAGUCAGUCAGGGUUGAGAGCCUGCUUUAAUAAGAUUGAGGGACUGUCACUUUCAAAACCUUGUGGAAGUGUUGUGUGUUUAAGUUAUGCGCAGCUCUGUUAUGUGCAUUGUACGUGGUAACUGUUUACAGUGGGAAAUCCCACUUGCACAUAAAUGCUGCUAUUUUAUUUUGCACUGGUAUAAGUGUUAGUUGGAUUUUUCUUGUUUGUUAUUUAACAAAGGACUGCUUUGGUGGUGGUAAUUUAUUUUAGAAUAUUUUAAUUUCACAUGAGGAACAACUCCCUGCAUCUCUCUUCUAUUGUUUUCAACUUUCUAUUGUGGCUUACGUAAGUAACAACUGCUGGCUCCAUUUUAUUUAAAGGGGUGAUGUGAUGGCUGGUGAAAGAAGUGAUGACUCUUUGCUACUUGUCUGUAUUGUAAUAAGAUGAUGCCCUGGUGUUUGUACCCUGCAAUUCCCAGCCUUUAAGUAAAAUUUGAGCUAAAGUGAGAGUAAACUGGUGGUAAGUUUUAGUUCUUGCUGCUCCUUUUCAAUUUUGUAAACUGUAUCAGCCGAGUCAUCUGUCUACUCCGUCUGUCUUCGUUUCACCUAAGGUUACACUUCCAUCUUCGCUAGUGUGGCAGUGAGGGAAAGUCCAGCUGCACUCAAGGUUAUAGGCUUGUAGCUACAAGUCUAUAUCUGCUUGCUUGGAGUGAUAUUUUUGUUUACAUUCCCCACUCCCAGCUACCUCCCUCGUUGUACAAAUAAAAAGCUAACCCAAUGAGUCUGUCGUGUGUGUACAGAUAUUCUGCACGUUAUAAACUCUGCCACAGCUCUGUGGAAGGACUUGGCAAGCUGCCCUGCAGCCAUUACUGACAGUCACUCUACAAGCAGUGACAACCCCAGGGU